AUGAUGUUGAACAAUAGUAGUCAUUUAUGUGCGGAACAUUCCUAUUUUAUUACCGAUAUUUUAUUAUGGAAAGUAUUCAGUAUUUUGUUGCCUGUUCUUGGUAUACCUGGAAAUGUAUUAAUUAUCAUUAUCAUGUUAAAUAGAAGUAAUCGUAAACAUCCAAUAUCUCUCUAUUUUACUGCUAUAGCCAUGUUUGAAAUUAUCUAUUUAAUUGGCUUAUUAUGGGAUUGGUUGGAUGUUAUGUCAAUAGUAGCAGAUCCUCGAAAAACAUUAAAUUGUGCAGGAUUUUACAUGCUUGUUAUAGGAACAGCUAUGAUCUCUGCUAUUCUCUUAGCUAAUGUGAGCAUUGAUCGAGUUAUAAUGAUUUUAUUACCAUUUAAAACGAAUGCAUGGAUAACACAUCGGAAAGUGACUCUAACAAUCGUAAUAACAGGUCUAUCGAUCUUUUGUUUAAUGAUUCAUUAUCGUUUUUCAUUAUGUUAUCAUUUUGGAUCGUCUGUACUCUAUGGUCAAGCAUGUAUAAUAUGUCCAAAUGCAAGAAUUUGGUUUGAACACGUAUGGCCAAUACUUUAUUUAACAUUAUUUCGAGUUUUACCAGCAUUAAUUGUUAUUAUUUGCGCAGUAAUUAUAUUAGUUAAUCGAUGUUCAUUAUCUAAAAUAACACGUACCACCGUUACAAACAAAACAAAAGUUCGCCUUGAUCAUCGUCGACAAUUUGUUCGUAUGCAAACAUUAUCCAUCGUAUUAGUUUUAUUUAGUCUCUAUUUUACUUUAUCAAUAAUGCCCAAUACCAUUAUGCAAUUUUUUAAUAAAAAUUUUCGAUAUGAAACAGAUUGUUUUAAACUAGGACAAUGGAAACUGUUGAAUACACUAUUUAUUAUGUUUGAAUCAACAAGUUAUACAAAUAAAUUUUAUAUCAAAUUAAUUGUAUCCAAACAAUUUCGAAAUGAUAUUAAAAGAUUAAUAACAAUACCUGUGCAUCAAACGAAUAUAUUAGAGAAAAAAAUGCAUCGUUAUCAAAAACCAAUAGCCAAAUAA